AAAUCAAAAGCAGAGCCUGCACCUACGUGGAAGAAGCCUCUGCCCUUCGUCUCUCACAUCUCUACUCCUUCCACCAAGAGACCCGCGAUGGGCAGCGCCGCCGUGCUCUCUUCUGUCGCAAGAAGGCUCGAAGGCAAGGUGGCACUCAUCACCGGCGGCGUAAGUGGCCUCGGCAAAGCCACCGCCAAAACGCUCAAGGCGGAAGACGUGGCGGAGGCGGUGGCGUAUCUGGGGAGCGAUGAGGCCGGGUGCGUGAGCGGGCUCAACCUUCUGGUGGAUGGGGCCUUCACAGCGACCAAUACGGCACUUGGGUUGCACUUGUACUCGGAUCUGUGAUGAUCCAGGUCUGCUUGCUUUCCUGGGGUUGCUGCUUGCCUGGCGACAUGGAUGGCGAUCUCUGGUUCAAUAAGGUCAUCCGCCCGCUAGUCUGCUUUCUGCUUUGAGUCCAGUAUAUUUGCUCCGUAGAGUGCGAUCAUCUAAAUAAUAUUGGAUUUUAAAGAUA